UUUUUCCAGAGCGUGAGAGAGAGAAAAAUAUCACUUAUUUUCCAAGAUUGCCUCUCUUCUUCUUCUACUUUAUUUGUUUUCUGUUGAAUUUUUGGGUAAUUAUUUUUUGUUCUUGGUUUCUCCGACUCUUUCCACUUGAACUAAGUUCGACAGGAUUCAGGAUAUACUUAGCUACUUAGCUCUCUAAUCGCAGUCGCGUAUAUAUAGUAGUGUUAAUUUUCAAGAAACUAAAGAGGAGGAAAAAUGAGUAGAGGUGGUGGAGAAUUGGAAGAGAGAUUGCUAAAUGGGUCAGAGACAGAACAGAGGAGAGAGAGUCUUUACUUGAGAAAGAAGAUUUGGAGUGAAGUAAGGAAGAUGUGGAGAAUAGCUUUACCAUCGACUUUGUUCAGAGUGAUGUCGUUUGGAUGCAUAGUGGUGGCUCAAGCCUUCAUUGGCCACUCCAGCGAAACUGGUCUCGCUGCUUAUGCUCUUAUUCAAAGCACUUUCAUUCGUUUCAUCUAUGGUGUCAUGGCUGGUAUGUCAAGCGCGACGGAGACGCUAUGUGGACAAGCCUACGGAGCACAACAAUAUCACAUGAUGGGGAUAUAUUUACAACGUUCUUGGAUAGUAGAUACUUUCACAGCCACUCUCUUUGUUCCUUUCAUCGUCUUUGCGGGUCCUAUUCUUAGGUUACUAGGCCAAAACAUUGAGAUCACCAAGACCGUAGACGAGAUCUACCCUUGGGUCAUUCCUUAUCUAUACAGCAUCGUAUUCACCAUGACAAUGCAAAUGUACCUCCAAGCACAGAUGAGGAACGCUGUGAUAGGCGUUCUCUCGACCUUAGCCUUGAUCGUGGAUAUUGUGGCCACAUGGUUCUGCGUGAGUGUGAUGGGGAUGGGAAUCCAUGGUGCACUUCUAGGACUUAAUAUAAGCUCGUGGUCAGUGGUAUUAGCCGAGUUUGUCUAUGUGUUUGGAGGUUGGUGCCCACAUACUUGGACCGGCUUUAGCACUGCUGCUUUUGUUGAUCUUAUUCCCAUGCUCAAGUUAUCCAUUUCCUCUGGCUUCAUGCUUUGCUUAGAGUACUGGUAUAUGAGCAUCAUCGUCUUAAUGUCUGGAUAUACAGAGGAUGCAAAUAUUGCAAUUUCAGCAUUUUCCAUAUGCCAAUAUAUCUACACUUGGGAGAUGAACAUAAGCUUGGGCUUGUUGGGUGCAGCAUGCGUACGAGUAGCGAACGAAUUAGGAAAAGGCGACGCGGACGCUGUGAGAUUCUCCAUAAAAGUGGUGCUUGUGGUAUCAGCUGUGAUUGGUGUGAUAUGUUCUGCUCUUUGCCUAGCGUUUGGUGGUCAGAUUUCGUAUUUGUUCUCCGAUAGCCACCAAGUUUCGAACGCAGUCGCUGAUCUCUCCAUCGUUCUUAGCAUAUCCAUACUCUUAAACAUCAUCCAGCCCAUUCUCUCUGGGGUAGCUAUUGGGGCAGGGCUGCAGAGUAUGGUAGCAAUUGUCAACUUAGCAUCGUAUUAUGCAAUUGGUGUUCCUCUCGGUUUCCUCCUUAUUAACAUUUUCCAUUUUGGUGUUAAGGGACUCUGGUCUGGAAUGUUGGCUGGAGUUGGUAUACAAACGUUGGUAUUGUCUUAUGUUAUUUACAAAACUGACUGGGAAAUGGAGGUAAAGAAGACAAACGAGCGUAUGAAAACCUGGACCCUAAAGUUACCUUCUGUAGAAUCGAGUACAAUCUCGACGAGAGAUGAAGAGAGGAAGUGACAUACAUUUAUCUAAUUUAUAAAUCAUCUAAAGAAGUUUUGAAAAUAUUCUUUUUGGUCUUUUGAAAAGAAGAAUAUAUGGUAUUGUGUUUUUUUUUUUCGCGUUUGCUUGAGAAAAUGAAGUAUAUGUGUUGAGAUUGCAUUAUUAGGUUAAUGCAACUCUUAUUACUCUGGAAAAAGGUGAAUAAGCUCGUUUUUCCAAAAGGUUGUUAUUCGGAUUUAUUCUAUUAUCUUAGUAAAUUUGUUAUUUUAUCUAAUAUCAUUGGGAGGCUUGAAAUUUAUGAUGUAAUUGAGUUUUGAUUGUAUAUGUAUUUUGGUCGCGCUGAAAAAUUGAACUGUUUUGUAAUCA